AUGUUUUCGUCUCUCGCCCAAGGGACGCGUGGUUCCGGAGCGGUCGUCAAUCCUUUCGCCCCAGCCACCUCCAACGGCGGAACAAAUCCAUUUGGAGUUGAUGCUUCAGGCGAUGCGGCUAAGAAUCAUAAAAAGGCAGCGUUUAACCCCUUUCAAUCGAAAGAUGCGACCUUGAGCGACGGCGGCAAACAUCAAAGCAAGAGUAGCCCGUUUGACAGCCACGGCAAUAAACCCAAGGCCAAAGCGAAACCUCGACGUCAUGACAAAAACAAUCAAAAUGGAUUGCUCCAACCAUUUCAGUCCGAUGGCGAAGGCUCUCGAGCUACAUCACCCUCAAGCGUCUCAUCCGAGAUGGGUGAUGAAGCUGUUCCUGUGGUGCCCUAUAACUCCGCAGAUCCUUUAGCUCGGAAGGUGUACGAGCAAUUGCGGAAGGAUGGAAUCAGUCCGCCAUCCUGGCCAUCACAGCCCGGAAACCCAAAAAACAAACAAGCAAUGGCGAAAUUCCGCGAGCAGUACGAGACGUAUCGCAAAAGAGUCCGAACCUCGCUUACCAAGGCCGGACUGAUCGAUGACCCGGAUAAGCGAAAGGCGCUGAGCGAUGCAAUUGAUUUCAAGGGCAUAUGCGAAGAUAUGUGUCCCGAAUUCGAGAAGAUCACCAGAAUAACCGAAUUAGACGUCGUCCAUGCGGAAAAAGAUCCCAGAACAACAUACGCCAACACGAGCAAGAUGGUGAAGAAAUUGGCGCGUUCAGCCGCUGGCCAAGAAGCUCCACUUCCCAUGGAUGUUCGUUCUGUUCCAGCUCUGCGUCGGACCCUGGACUAUCUCCUGGACGAUCUGUUGCGAAAUGACGACAACUUGCCUACUGUACACGGCUUUCUCUGGGACCGCACUCGCGCCAUUCGUCGCGACUUUUCAUUCUUCUCGUCACUGACGCCGGAAGAGAUUAAGACCCAGGUAUAUGUGUUGGAGAAUAUUGCCAGGUUUCAUGUCACAUCCUUGCAUUUGCUGUCACAGGAGGGCAAGGCACCUGAGGAUUUUGUCCAGCAACAAGAGUUGGAGCAGCUCGGCAAAGCCCUCUUAUCGUUACGAGAUGUCUACGACGACUGCAACGAGCAGGGAAUAAAAUGCGAGAAUGAGCCAGAAUUCCGAGCAUACUAUCUAGUAUUCCACGCCCGCGAUCCAAGCAUCUUGGAAACCCUUCAACGACAAUGGAAGUCCUAUCUGUGGCGGGACUCGGAUGUCGUUAGAACGGCAGUCUCCUUGGUUGAAGCGCUCCAAGACACGCACGAUUUCCACGGUCCACUCAAAGAUGGCCCAUCACUUGCCGCUUCAGCAGCCUCACAAGCAUAUUUUCGCAUUGUUCGGGACCCGAAAGUUUCCUACACCAUGGCAUGCUUCGCGGAAUGUCACUUUCCUCAGCUCCGAAGAUCCAUAUUACAAACUAUAAAACGUGCGCUUUCGAGACCAAAGGACCCUGCCAAGGAUGUCACAGCGGCAACGUUGAACAAGUUUCUUCAAUUCGACACUGUACAACAAGCUAUCGACUUUGCAGAACUCCACAGCUUGGAAUUCGUUGAAGAUCCGGAAAGCCCAACCGAUAUAGGACGAAAGAUCCUGAUACUUGAUGGUCGACGUCCGCUCCCACACCGUCGAUUACAACAUCAAUUCUCAAAGACAUUGGUAGAAAGAAAACGAGGGGUAAAGCCUCUUCCCGAGCUGAUACAUCGCACUGUCUGGGAGGACCCCAAUGGAACACGUAGUGCGAAUGGCCUGGAAUCGGAAGGUAGUCUUUUUGUGCAAGAUAGUCAACCUCCGGCGCAAGUUAAAACAGCUUUCGGCGGGCUUGGGGCUCCCGGAGGUGGUUCAUCAACGACAACUGUGCCGAGCUCGUCGCCAUUUGGAACGACCGGGCUAUCAGGGAUGGGGUUGACCCCAAAUGCUCAGCAAGCUUCGAAAUCGUUUGGAGCUCUGAACAAUACAACGCCUAAUGUUAUCAAGAACCCCUUUGCCUCCUCGACAACAACUGCCAGCACACAAUCAAAUCCCUUUGCAGCCGCCGGGUCGGCGCCCCCAUCGUUUGCACCAAAGACCGGUGGCGAGCAGACGGAGCCCAAACCUAUGUUUGGAGGCGUCACUGCAAAUCCAUUCGCGCCAGCACAGACAUCUGUCCACAAACCAGUUGGGGAAAGCAAACCGAGCUUCCCAUUCACAGCACAGGGCUCGUCAUUCCCAAACAAUACGACAGGCACUCAAGUGUCGAGUCCUUUUUCUUCCGGACUGGGAGGUCCAAAACCACCAGGAGACACGGCCAAGGCGACGCCUCCAUCGUGUUCGAUGCCGCCUCCACCCCUUCCCCAGCCUAAAUCGCUGCCCGCCACUGCAGAGACACUUAAACAACACACAGAUCCACCACCUGUAUCUCAACAACAGUCUACUACCGGGUCAGGUAUCGGUGGCUUCAAAGCAACACCACCACAAUCAGGGUCUAGUCCGUUUGGCAAACUUGACAUGAGUAAAUCAAGCGGCAACCCUUCAGACACGUCUGCUGGUUUCAUGAAACAGCCCAGUACUUUGGGCUUCCAAAUGAACACAAAUGCUGCAUCUAGCGGAGGAAUUUCACCUGCUAUCUCUCCACUGACCCAAGACAAGCCGGCUUUUCCUACAGUUAAACCUACACCGAGUCCAUCCGUUGCCGCAUCAGCUGGCGAAGCGUUGAAUUCCGGGUCCGGAUUUAGCCAACCCCCCGGUAGAUCAGCACUUUUCGACAACGGCAGUGGAUCGAAGCCGCCCGGUUUGGCAUCUGGCCCAAAACCUGCAGCCAAACCUCGCGACUUGAUGGGCGAUUUCGCAAAGUGGUUUGUCAUGGGCGACAACGGUAUCCUGGAGCAGUUCCAAGUCUUCAUGAUUGAUGAACUUAUCAGAAAGACAUUUGACAAGUUCGAGCAAGAAGCGGAAGAGACGAGGCAGAGGGAAGAGGAGAGGCGCAUAAACGAAGAAGUGAAGCAGUUUCGAACGUACAACCUCUCCCUACGGUACUUUUAUCGAUGGAAGCAAAACGCAAGAGAGAAACGUCUCAGUGCGCUCAGGCGAAGCGGGCGUGACCAGCUUCGAGCGUUUUACGAAUCACAACAUGCGGCCGAAAGAGCAGCUCGGAAAGAGGCGGCCAAGAAAGCAGCGAAACGAAAGGCAGAGCUUGCCAAAGUCAAUCGCCCGGAAGAGUUCAUGGAUCUGCUGAAACACAAGGAUCUGAGCAGACGUGAAGCGCGCGAGGCUCUGUUGUCCAGCGGUGUUCUGUCCGGCAUGGAGAAUGAGCGGGAAGUGGUUGAGUCGAUUGUGAGACAAGAGUUCAGAACCGGAACACACUCUGUGUCCAGUAGCCGUGAUUCUCGAGAGUCAUCACCGAACUCGAGCCGGAAACUGGGAGGGAAGACGAGGACCUUACGGGAUCUCUACCUGGCCAAACCUGGCCGGUUUCGCCGGUCCCUACCUUCCAUUUCUUCCAGGGAGAGCGAACCGCCAGAAAAUUCCAGGUCCACAAGCAACGCAUCGGCUCGAUGGACGCUCAAGGCUAUGGGCAUCGUGCAGCUGCCCGAUGGCACCGCUGUGCCGGAGCUUAUGGCCCGUGACAUGAAGAAACGACCACAUCACUAUACGAGCUCAGCGUUCAGGUCAACAGUCACAGAAAAUUCGAUCAGGCGAGCUUCUGUCAGCGGAGGCACUCAUUCCUUUGAAUCCUCCCCGCUUAGGAAAAUGGGCAUACCAACAGUUGAUGAUGCAUCAACAACGAACAAGAGAAAGAGAAUGUCUGGAGAGGACGUCAACGAAGUGGAAAACGAUGAAUCCACGGAGCGCAGCAAGCAUAAGCGAAUCAUGAGCGAGGCAGAGAAGCUUACAAGUGAACUGAAGGCAAUCCGAAAGGAAUUGGAGGAUGGACGAGAGUGGUUUAAAUCUCAGAACGAGCGUUUGCGAAGCGAAUCACGAGCGGAAUCACCUUGGUUUGACGACAGCAUCUAA